GAUGACUCUACUUUGAUGAAUUUUGGAUUUCUUUUUCUUUCAAAUGAUGACUAUUCUGUGAAACGGUAGAAUUUCUUAGCAUUUGAUCGCCGCUGAAUUGUAAUUAGAUAAAAGAGGGGAGAUCCAGACUUACGUGGAACUCAUCAUCACUUGUCUGUUUGCUUGUCUUUCCUUCAUUUCUUUAACUACCCUUUCUCCCAUGGUUUCUUGAGAGAGAGAGAGAGCAUCUCAGAUCCCAAAUAAAUUUGGGAGUCCCAAAAUCGAGAAAAGGUAGAAUUUUUGAUACCUUCUCUUGUCUCUCCAUCUCCACCUAGAGAGAAGGGUCAGAGAUAUGCAGACACAGACGAUUUGUUUGGGAGGGAGCUUCCUUAAUCUCAGUGCCACUGACCAAAUCAAGAAUCUCAAGCAUCAACCUUUCUCUUGUACCCCCAAUUUGUCUCAUUGUCACGUUUCCAAAUCUGGAUUAUCUUGUUCACCUCAGCUCUCAAUAGGUUCUUGUAGAGCCAGUCAAGUGGCUGAAUUAUUCCCCACAGUCUCUCCCGAGAUUGUUGUUCGUGAGGCGAGGAUAGAGGACUGCUGGGAAGUAGCCGAGACACACUGCAGCUCUUUCUUCCCUGAAUUCUCAUUCCCUCUAGAUUUUGUACUGAGAAUCGACAGGCUAAUUGGGAUGCUCUUUGGACUCUCGCUGCCGAAGGGCUGCCAGAGAACUUGCCUAGUUGCUGUGACCAGAACUUCUUCCGAGGAAGUUCCGUACUUUUUAGGGAGUGACGGUCUCAGGAUUGGAAGUUUUGAUGGAAAACUCAGUCUAUGCAAAGGUUAUGUAGCUGGGAUCUUGACAGUAGAUACGGUGGCCGAUUUCCUUCCACGAAAAGGGCCCCAUCGACAAAGAAGGACAGGUAUUGCGUAUGUAUCGAACGUUGCUGUCCGAGAAAGAUAUCGGAGAAAGGGAAUAGCAAAGACAUUGGUUGCUAAAGCAGAGGCAAAGGCUAAAUCUUGGGGAUGCCGUGCCAUCGCGUUGCAUUCUGACCUUACCAACCCUGGAGCCACUAAGCUCUACUUGAGCAGAGGCUUCAGAUGCAUUGAGGUGCCGGCUGGAGCAAACUGGCCACAGCCUAGGACGUCGCCGGAGAUGGAAUUCAACUUCAUGAUGAAGCUCCUCAAUUCCACAGACAGCUGAGGUUUAGUUAGGAAGCAGAAAAAUACUCGAAAUGAUCAAUGUAACUGCUGAAUAGAUUACAUCAAUUUCAACAUGCAGAAAAUCGAAUGUAAUUAUUUUUGUAUGCUAUGUUGUUUUGUGACACAAUUACACUGUCAUAUGUUUAUGAAAGUAUUUGAGUUUUCUAUUCA